AUGGUGAAUGCACAAAGUGUAAUGCAUAAUAAUCCUACUGAUCAAGGUGUUGCAGAUGCAGAUGAGAAAGCAAGAUUGUCCUGGCUUAAAGAUGGGGAUGAAAAUACUUCCCUUUUUCAUCAGAGUAUCAAGAACAAGAAGAUGCAGAACCAAGUUUAUAGCAUCUAUGAUAUGAAAGCAGAAUGGAAAGAUACAGGUGAUGGGGUGUCUCAAGCUUUCCUGGAUUAUUAUAAAGUGCUACUAGGUAGUACUUCUGAUAAUAGAACACCAGUAAACAGGGAGGUGGUUCAGCAGGGACCAGUUUCAGAAGAAGUUAAGAAGGCUGUUUUCUCUAUUCUAGGUAUUAAAGCUCCUGGUCCAGAUGGCUUUCGUUCUUAUUUUUAUAAAGAUGCUUGGCAUAUUGUUGGGGAUGAAGUCAUUGUAGCAAGGCAAAAUUUUGAAAGAGAUGUGAGUGAGUUGAGGCCAAUCUCUUGCUGCAAUACCAUUUAUAAGUGCAUAACAAAAGUCUUGUGUGGGAGAUUAAGACAAGUUCUUCCUGAUCUUAUUUUGGAGAAUCAAGGAGGCUUUGUUCAUGGAAGGUACAUAGUGCAUAAUAUUAUGGUUGUUCAAGACUUAGUCAGGCAUUAUGGGAGGAAAGGGGUUAAGCCUAGUUGCCUUAUGAAGAUUGAUCUUCAAAAAUCCUAUGAUACUGUUGAUUGGCAAUUCUUACAAGAGAUGCUGGAAUUGUUGGAUUUCCCUAAGCAAUUUGUAGACAUGGUCAUGCAAUGUGUUUCUACUCCCAUGUUCUCCCUGAUGCUGAAUGGUUCUAUGCAUGGCUUCUUUAAAUCCCAGAGAGGUUUGAGGCAAGGAGAUCCUAUCGCUCCUCUGUUGUUUGUCAUCUGCAUGGAAUAUCUGUCUAGAAUCCUGAAUAGAGUGAGUGCUAUGCCUCAGUUUCAGUUUCACCCAAGAUGUAAGGGGAUUGGUCUUACCCAUUUAUGUUUUGUUGAUGAUCUGAUCAUCUGUAGCAGGGGUGAUUAUCAGUCUAUCUAUCUAUUGCUCCAAGCUUUCAAACUGUUUUCUAAUUCAUCUGGCUUAAAGGAAGCUGAUAUUCAGAGGGUAGUGGAUGUUUCUGGAUUUUCUAGACGUAUGCUGCCUUUUAAAUACUUGGGAGUUCCUAUCUGCUCUAAGAAGAUUCUGUGGCUCAAUGUGCUCAUCUGGUGGACAAAAUGA